AUGUCAACCCCUAUCCCUGUACCUCCCACUGCUGGACCAUCUACCCAACCGUCUACUAAUGGAAUCCCUCCUCAAACUCAAGGGGACGCCAAGAAACGUGUGGAGCCCGACCCGGAUCAGAUUCGUCGAACAAAACAACCCAGACCACCACUUCCCCCUCCUCAUAUACUCGCGUCUUUAGUACCGGAAUCAGUGGCAUUCAAUGAGCUCUUAGAUGUUGAAGCGAAACUUGAUUGGACUUUGAUGAGAAAAAGAGCGGAGAUUAAUGAUACACUUGGUCGACCAGUGAAGGUCAAACGCAAUAUCAGAGUGUUCAUCUCUAAUACCGCACACGACCAAACAUGGCAAGCCGCACAAUCAGCUCAAGCAGUCAUAGAUUUUGAUGUAUCUAUGAACGCAGCUGUAGAGUCGAAGGAUUCUGGGGACGGCGUGGAGAAUGGGGAUCAACCAUCCGGUGGGACUGGGAACGAUGUGGACUUAUCAACGGGAAAAGGUAUUCCGGGUUGGGUAUUGAGGGUAGAAGGAAGAUUGCUCGAUUCUGGGAAUGUCAGAAUAGACAAGACCAAGAGAAAAUUCUCAACCUUCCUGCGUAGGGUAGUAGUCGAGUUCGAUAAUCGCGAACCACCCACUUAUCCAGAGGGAAAUGUAGUAGAGUGGUCUCCUGCAAACCAGCCUCCUACAGAUGGCUUCGAAAUUCUUCGUCGGGGAGAUUCGAACGUCAAUUGUCGUAUCAUCCUCGACAUCGCUCAUUAUCCCGAACGAUACCGUAUCACUUCUCCGCUUAGUGAACUGAUAGCGAGUAAAGAGGGGACUAGAGGGGAGAUCAUUUCUGCUGUUUGGAAAUUGAUAAAGAUUGCUGGUGCGCAAGAUAAAGAAGAUCCUACCAUCGUGAGACCAGUCGGGGGUUUAGAAAAGCUGAUGAUGCCCGGACAAGACGGAGUCCCCUUUCAUGACAUCCCUCAACUUGUCACUCGUUUCUUAGCUCAUCCAGAUCCCGUAGUGAUACCCUACACCAUCCGCGUUGACCGAGAUUAUCAAUUUCACGAUAAAUGUUUUGAUAUCCCGGUGGAAAUGGAAGAUCCUCUCAAGAGCAAGAUGGCUGAUUUACUCAAACGGAUCGAAGGGGAUGAAGGGAAGGAGAUUAUGGAGUUGGAAGAUAAAGUUGGGGAAUUGGUCUAUCACGCUAGGGAAUUGAAACAGAAACGUGACUUCUUAGAAGCUUUCGCCACAAACCCUCAAGCUUUCAUACAAAACUGGCUUCAAGCUCAAGCUCGGGAUUUAGACGAAAUGCUGGGUUUCCAAAUAGGCGUAGCAUCUCUCAACGGCGGAAGCGUCCGAGAAGAGGAUCUGAGAAGGAGCGACUUGUUCACUAUGCCUUGGGUCGAUGAAGCUAUCGUAGUGCAUGAAUCAGCGAGGAUGGAACAGGAACGUCGUCAACAUGGGAAACGAUGA